UUCUGGGGGCCAGGAUCACUGUUGACUGCCCUUCCACGAGCAGGGGAGCAACACAGGGUCUCAUGGCCUGGAGGAGGAGAGCAGUGUGUCAAGACAGCCCUGCGAUAGGACCUGUGACAGCGAUGACACCUGCCAGCCUGAUGGUGCCAGCCUCUCUGCCAAACACCUCACCUGCAUUCGCUCGUUUAAUCCCCAUCAGUAUUUAUUUAUGAGGAAUUUCCACUGAGAUGAGAAGACAGGCCAAAGCGAAAGCAGGUCGGAUCCAGCCCGUCCCCGUGGAAACGCGCGCUUCCGUCUGUCCCCGAGAGGGACUUGUUGACCACAAAUAUCUGCAAGUUCUGGCGCAUGGAGGACGACACACCGAGAUUAAGAGAGUCCAGCUCUCUCACAUCAGCGGCCGGUGGUUUGGAGAACAUGGGGGCUGAGCUGUUGGAAAGCCUGGAGGAAGGCCGGGACCCUCACAGUGACUCAAGCCCUGCAGAAGUCAGGGACAGCGGGAGCAAGGCUGGCCCGGAGCCCUCCUCAGGAUGGAGGAGCCUGCAGCCAGCCCUGAGGGUGAGACGCUUCUGCAGAGGGCACGCACAGCUGUUUCGAUGGAUCUGCACAGGCCUGCUAUGCACCGCAUUUGCUGCCUUCCUGCUGAUUGCCUGCCUCCUGGAUUUCCAGAGGGCCCUGGCAUUGUUUGUCCUCACCUGUGUGGACCUUGUCUUCCUGGCCCACAACCUGCUGAAGAGGCCGCUGGGGCCAAAGCUGCUGAGGUGUGUCAAGCCUCUGGGGCAUCCCCGCCUGAACCUCUGGUUUAAGAAGCAGCCCUUUCUAGCCCUUGCUGCUUUCCUGGGCCUGAUCCUACGGCUAGUUCUGGACACCUCUCAGCGGCCUGAGCAGCUGGUGUCCUUUGGAGGAAUCUGCAUGUUCGUCAGCCUCCUCUUUGCCUUCUCAAAGCAUCACCGCACAGUAUCCUGGCAGGCUGUGUCCUGGGGUCUUGGACUACAGUUUGCACUUGGACUCUUCGUCAUCGGAACAGAACCAGGAUUUAUUGCAUUUCAGUGGCUGGGCGACCGGAUCCAGAUCUUCCUGAGCUACAGGUCCAGCUUCUUGUCUGGGGAGGCUCUGGUCAAGGAUGUCUUUGCAUUUCAGGUUUUGCCCAUCAUUGUUUUCUUCAGCUGCGCCAUGUCAGUCCUCUCCUACAUGAGCCUCAGGCAGUGGGUGAUCCUGAAGAUGUCCUGGCUGGUGCAGGCCACCAUGGGCCCCAUGGCCACGGAGACCCUGAGUGUGGCUUGAAACAUCUUUGUGAGCCAGACAGAGGCUCCUCUACUGAUCCGGCUCUACUUGGCAGACAUGACACUCUCUGAAAUCCACGUUGCCAUGACCAGAGGCUAUGCCACCAUUGCCGGCAGCCUGCUGGACACCUACAUCUCCUUUGGGAUCGAUGCUGCCUCCUUAAUUGCUGCCUCUGUGAUGGCUGCCCCUUGUGCCUUAGCCCUCUACCCAGAGGUGGAGGAGUCCAAGUUCAGGGGUGAGGAAGGAGUGAAACUGACCUACAGAGAUGCUCAAAACCUCUUAGAAGCAGCUAACAGUGGGGCCGCCAUGUCCGUGAGGGUCGUGACCAACAUCGCAGCCAACCUGAUUGCUUUCCUGGCUGUGCUGGCCUUCAUCAACGCUGCCCUCUCCUGGCUGGGAGACAUGAUGGACGUCCAAGGGAUCAGCUUCCAGGUACAGCUCAUCUGCUCCUACAUCCUGCGGUCAGUGGCCUUCUUGAUGGGCGUGGCCUGGGAGGGCUGCCCGGUGGUGGCUGAGCUGCUGGGAAUGAAGCUGUUUCUGAACAACGGGCGCCGAGGAGUGGGCCAGUUCCAGGAAGCAGUAGAUCUCUUCUUUCCAGGCAGCUACUAUUAUUCCCACAUUCCUGAUGGAGAAACUAAAACUUAGGAGGCUAUCGACUUGCUCAACCUGAAAUAGGCCGUG